GAGUUUGUCUGCUAUGAGUCGACAGAGUGUCACGGGGCAGUGGUGGAGACAGAUCUUCCUCUGAGAGGAGACUGCUGUGGAGGCAGAGGUCUCUCCUUCUCCCUCUCUGGUGACACCUGCAGAAACUGCUUCAGCAUGGAAGAGUUUUGCAAUGACGGAUCUGAGUUUUAUGUGGCCUUUUUCAGCAAUGUCGAAGUUGCUCCGCUGUUCUCUCAAGCCAGUAUUUUCGUGAAAAUCGAUAACAUGGAAGAUUUUCAGCAAACCGUUGCUUACUCGUUCAAAUCUGAAACAAAGGAAAGAGAAAUUGGACCUAGAUCCUCAGUUGAGUUAGCUCUACCUCCUGAAAUGCGGUUUGGAGAUGUCGGUGAAACGGACAAAGGAGUUUUUAUCCAAUCCAUGGAUGGGGCAAAACUGUCCGUAACUGCAUUUGGUGCAGAGUUCUCUAGCUCUGACACUUACCAGCUACUGCCGUGUGUUUAUCUUCCCAGCAACUACGAAUAUUACGCCAUUUCAGUAGCCAAAGAAAUAAGAGUGUUGAUAGAAGAAGGAGAAGAGUUUAUCCUACCACCUUCAGGUAAUAGUGCCAUCGUUUUCAUUGCAUCCGGAGAAAUGACAACAGUUACAAUCACUCCGUCCCAAGAUGUAGAAAUCAUCAAAGGAACUACAACGCCAGCCGGGACCUCGCUAGAACAGACACUAGGCAAGGGAAAAGCAGUGUUUCUCUCCAGUCCUGAGGAUCUCACUGGGACUCGUGUCGUAUCAGACAAGCCACUGGCGUUCUUUUCCGGUCACGAGUGUGGAACCAUGCCCUUUGACCUCCAGUUCUGCGAUCACAUGGUGGAGCAGAUUCUGCCGACGUCAACGUGGGGUACAGAGUUUUACACCGCUUCAUUCAUGACCAGAUCCCUGGACAGAUUCCGAGCCCUCACCUCCAGAGAUGACAACUCUAUAAGGUGGGUGUGUACUGGUGAAAACCCCACAUCAGACGAAAGGAGUCUCCCCACUGCUGGAAAUUUUACCGAGUUUGAGAUCCCGUCAAAUAGAUUCUGUCGAUUCACUUCUAUUUACCCAGCACUGUUAGCUCAAUUCUCAAUCGGAGGAGCCACAAGUUCAUUGUUUGCAGCAGAUCCAUCUAUGACAAUCGUCCCCCCUGCCGGACAGUACAAAGACUCAUACAUGCUCAACUACUUUUCCGGACAGAUAGUUACAAACUUUGUGAACAUUUUUCUGCUCGCCACCCCUGGAAUAACAACAGAUGGAGUUUCGCUGGAUAAAGCCCCCAUCAGUGGGACUUGGUCUGGCAUCUCUUGCGAAGAAGGAAAUGAAGUGUGUGCGUAUGGCAUCCAAGUCGAGAUAACAGGGACGGAAUCUGGUGUUGUAACUCUCGCUCAUAGUAAUCCAGAUGCAAAGUUGCUGGGUAUAUCGUAUUCUACUGACAUCAGAACAAGUCGAGCAUCGCACAGUGGGAUGACCCAAAAACCGAUUGCACUGGACACAGUGUCACUGUCAGCGUCGGAGUACAGUGUGGAAGAAGGAAGUGGGGAGGUAGUCAUAUCGAUCAGCAGGACUGGAGACCUUCUCGAUGACAUCACCGUUUUGUUUGCGGCAGGGGAAAUCCCCAGAGCUACCAGUGCUGCCAUAGCUGGUGAAGACUUCACAGAGGCCAGAAGAGCGGUCCUGUUGCCAGCAGGGAUGACUUCGGUGACACAGACGGUGGCUCUGGGACCAGACAACAUCUUCCCGGGAGAGGCCAAAGUGUUUGAGGUGUAUCUUGGACCUGCUCCUGGGGCCUUUGUCUCUCCCACUGCCCUUGCUAAUGUCACUAUCACUGACAGUGACCCUCCUCUACCUGUGAUGAACAUCACACUGAGUCAGACCUCGUAUGCUAUCAGUGAGAGCAGUGGAUACUUUGAAAUAAUCCUCAUGAAAACAGAUGGUGCAAGAGGUCCUGUUACUGUUAGUGUUACUCCCAUCAAUGGUACUGCACUGGCUUCGACUGAUUUUGAGCUGAAUCAAAUGGACAUCACGUUCCGAAUAUCAGAGAGGGAGAAAGUGGUACCGGUUAGAAUCAUAAAUGAUGACAUCGCAGAAAGAAGUGAGCGUUUUACGGUCAUGAUACAGCCAGUGGAAGGGUUGUUUCGUGUGGCGGUCCUGGAUAAUUUGACUACUGUCGACAUCAUCGAUGAUGAUCGCAUGCUCAUGGCCUUCAUGCCAAGUGUUGAGAGUCCAGAAAAUGAGUCAGUUGGGGGAGUGACAGAGUCAGUUGGGAUGAUUUAUGUGGACCUGGUGGUAGUCAAGGGGGCCAUUGAUCGCAAUGUGACAGUUCUGCUGAUGGCAAAUCCACAGGAUGGUGACACAGCCUUUGAAGGGGAAGAUUAUGAGGUGAUUGAGAGGGGAUUGACCAUCCAUCCCACAACAACCAGAAUAACAGUUGGUGUUGAUAUUAUAGAUGACUCAACCUGUGAAGACAAGGAGGUGUUUAGUCUCUCAACAUCUCUACAGUCAUCUGAUGACCCCAUUUCCAUUGUCAAUGAUAUCAGGAUCACAAUCGCUGAUGCUGAUGACUGCUUACCAGUUGUCAGGAUGACUGUUGAACCAACUGUUGUAUCUGAGGCAGGAGAGAUUGUGGAGGUGACUGUUAGUCUAGCAGGUGGAGGAGGAAAUCUACCAGGGGAGGUCCAACUUGGAAUAUCCACAGUUCCCAUACAACCUAAAGAUAUUGAUUCCGUGGGUGUCGAGAUACUGACGCAAUCGGAGGUGACGCUGACAUUCGAAGAGGGCAGUAGCUCGCGACAGCUCCAGAUCGGUGUCAGAGACAACAGUGUAUAUGACGGAGGAGAAGAUAGAAUAUUUGCCAUCAUUCUCAGUCUCUUGUACACUGACUUUGAGAAUCUCAACAUUUCCUCCGACUAUGUUGAAGUGCGCAUAACUGAUGAUGAACCACAACCAGAAGGAAUAGUAUGCAAUGUCAGAGGUGAACCACGGGAUGCUCCUACCGCAGAAGUCUGCUGUGUUGACUUGGGAGGAAUGUCAUACGAAAAGUCAAUAUACACAAUUCCAUGCAUAGUGAUAGGGUUUCAGGAGACGGAGUAUGAAGUGAUGGAGAGACGUGAGUCGUAUCAGUUCACACUGGCAGUGGUGCAGGGAUCUCUGGCUCAGAACCUAUCUCUCACCAUCAUAUCCACUCCCAUCACUGCUGCUGCUAAUGAUUACAGGGUCCUGGAGCCCUGGGUACCACUGGAGGAGAAUGGAACCGGGACCGUGCGGGUGGAGAUCAGUACUGAACCGGGACAGGAGGACGGGCCACAGGAGACAUUCAGACUGACUAUCAUUGAAGAGAGUGGAGUCACUCCCAAGAAUGUCUUCUUCAGAGGAGCCCUGGUCACCAUCCUUGAUCAGCCAUCCGAUCUACCGUGAAGAAAUGCUACCAUAGCCUCUCUGGAUUUUCUAUGUAUAAUAAUUAUAGCUAACUGUUAGAGAAAACAUUCUCGUCUCUGUUUGUCUGAUUCCCCGUUUCCACUUCACGUCGUAACUUUGAGCAACAAAUUAAUGACUGUUCUACCAUAAAGUAAUCUACACAUAACACCAUAGUUACAUACUAGUUAUCAAGAGCAGUAAAAAUCAACUGACGCAAGUUGUCAAUUUGUCCAUACGUACAUAAUUGUUUAUCCGCUUGACUAUUGAGGUUCAGAGCCACGGAUGGUAACGACAGCAACAUUUGGAUCCAGAAUUGGAAAUAUCAGUGAGUUGUCGGGAAGAUUGAGGACUGCCUCAAAUCGCUCAUCAGGCUCGAAAAUCUCACUAAAGAAUAUCUGGAUUGCUACCUCCACUCGUGUCUGACUUUGAGUAAACUCAAUGAGAGUUGAUACUGGUUCAUAGUCUUCACCAGCAUUGGCCGGGUUGUUCUCCUCGCGAUCUUGAGUCCUGAAGUUGAGAGCCAGGACCACGCCCUCUGCCAGUACUCCAGAGGAGAUCUCCACUGAGACCGAGACAUUCAGCUGGAACUGCUGCACGAUGUACUGGGCCUGGCUGAAACCAACCACCAGAGGGUCAUCAUCAAGGAUAGUUAGGAUAUUUGGAGCGUCCAACUCGAUUCUUGGGAGGUCGGUAAUGAAGACCAGCCCCACGUUCUCCCUAAGAGCCUCAGUGAAGGUGUCAU